AUGCCAGCCGCUUUCCCACAGAUAGUUAUAGAUUGGACGACCGAUAGGACGACCGAUAGGACGACCGAUUGGACGACCGAUAGGACGACCGAUAAGACGACCGAUUGGACGACCGAUAGGACGACCGAUAAGACGACCGAUUGGACGACCGAUAAACCAACCGAUAAGCCAACCGAAGGAUGGCCUGCAGGUUGCGGCGUAACCAACUGCUUCAAGGAUAUGGAUUGGAAGCGCACGAUAUACUCCUUGCUUCCGGCAGCGAAGAGAAUAGUGAACGGAGUCGGGACCUCCCGCGGAGAUUGGCCGUGGAACGUCGCCCUCAAGACCAGGGACGGGGAACACGUUUGCGGUGGGACCCUCAUCGACUGCCGUUACGUCAUCACCGCCGCCCACUGCGUUUACGAAGAAAACCCGGCCGAAUUCUACGUUUCCCUCGGCGAUCACGAAAGGCUCGAGCCCGAGGAGUGUCAACUGGACAGGAGGAUCGAGGAGUUCAUCAUCCACCCGAACUUCAUCAGCGACACAUACCAGAACGACGUCGCUCUAAUAAGACUCGCCGAGGAAGUCCCCGUCUGUGAAUGCCCCAACAUUCGUCCCAUCUGCCUUCCAGAAGACGAGGAGCCUUUCGACAAGGAAGACCAAGUAGGAUUCGUCACUGGUGGUUUGAGGUCUGGUGCGCUGCCGCGAAGGGAAAAAGUAACAACGAUGAGGUUGAUUCCUCCUGGCGACUGCGAAGCUAUGGUUGGGAAUUUCUACGACAGAAACACUAUGAUAUGUGCCAUUCACGGAAAGAGACAAGUCUGCAACGGAGAUGGAGGUGCUGGCCUGGUAACUGUUCUCCGGGACGUUCAAUAUCAAUGCACGACGCCAAAAGAAUGCUAUGUCGAGUUCGAAGGAGACUGUCGGAAAUGCAUCUACACACUCGUCGGAGUGACGUCGUGGGCCAUUCGGGGCUGCGAUCCCGAAAUCCCGUCUGGAUAUGCCCGUCUAACGGUAAGUAAGAAGGCUUACAGUGUGGUCUGUGCCCUGGAGAAGGAGAAGGUGACUCUGCAUGAUCUGCUGUCCAACAUAGGAGGAAUCGUCGGCGUGUGCCUCGGGAUUUCUCUCAUCACCAUCUUCGACAUCAUCGAUCAGAUUUGCUGCAGCUUUCGCAGUAAAUUAUUCUCCAGGCAAAAUCGGAUCAUCAAUGAUGGCGAGCACUGA